AUGGUCUCAAACCCCAGAGACCCUGGCGGGCACUGGCAGCCCCCAGACCCGCCCGUAUUCAGCCGGGCCUUCCUUAUGGGCCUCGGGCGAGGCCUGGGUCCCGACGCCACACGGCUCGGCACUGGCACCCCAUUUGGAGGCUGCGGCCCACGGAGUGGGUGGGGGGGCAACAAGUCUGUUUCCGCCCGGGCUCCGCCCGCUCCAGCAGAAACGAGUCUUUCCGGUGGGGCUGCCCAGCCGGGUCCACCCCGCCCAGCCUCCCGGAACCCGCCCGGAGACGUGCACGACCCCGCCCCGGCCGAGGGCGAGACCAGGCCGGAGGGUGGAGCCGCUGGAGAGGCGAGAGAGCCGGGAUCGUGGGUUCCAGGACUGCGAGUUCCAGGCUCCCUCUUAAUGAUCCGGGUAUUCUCAACCUUGGGAACUGGCAUUGAAGCCUGACUAAAUUGUCUGGGAUGGAAGUCAGGAUGACCGGCCUGUGUCUCUGCUCUGUGACUUUGCAUUUGUCAAUUUCCACUUGUCCAUUCAACAAACAUUAUGGAGGACCUUCUAUCUGCUUGAGUGUCUGAAAUUAUGGAGCUCACACUUUAGAUUAGAAAAUGACAAAGAGGGAAGCCACCAAGUGGGAGUGUGGAAGGCUCUGCAGAAGAAUUGAUGUUUGAUGUAAGUCCUUACAGAUGAAAAGAUGUCAGUUCCUGUUCUGUAAGAUGAGAUGGUCAGACUAGAUCUACAAGGACGACCCAUUUAAUCCUAAUAGAUUCUGUGGUUAUAA